GGUAAACUGGCCAAGAUAAGUUGAGCCGGGCUGUAACCUCGUUAUAUUUGACCUUGCUGCUGAACUUUAUUCUUCAAUCUGUAGUGUUACAGAGGUCAAUAUCAAUCAACUUCAUUUCCACACCCAUAUUUCAAAGACAACACCCAAACACAUAACUGCAGUGGUUAGACGGGCCCGGCACUGAAAGAGUCAUACUUUUUAUACAGAAAGUUUUCUUUAGCGACAUUAAAACGUUUAAGCACUGCUCAUACAUUCACUCUACACUGCGCAGCAGAGAGCCCUGAAUCCAAAUGAAACCGGCCUCAUUAUCAUAAAAUAGCCUAAACUAGCUUUAAUGUGGCGACACGACCGCAUUACCGAGCCUCGUUCUGGGCCUCAUUUACAGAAGGCCACUGCGGGCAGCUGUCGGUGCUGUGUCUAAUAAACCGAAAGAAUAAUGAGAGUGGAUCAUUUAUAUCAAACACAUCUUGUUGGCAAUUUCAUUUUAAGUCUACAACAAUAUUUUACACACACACACACACACACACACAAAACAGGAGAAUUUCUGCUUUCUCCCGCUUCUACAUACCACUGCACCAUCUGGGUGUGCUUUAUUUUGUUUGUUUGUUUUUGAUAUAAUAUAACUCAAACUAGUCAUAAAGGCUCUUGCUUGUUAUCAUAUAUUAUUAGAUCUGAUUAUUUCUAUAUUGUUGCAGCAGGAUGAGGACAUAUUGUUAAAUGAGGGCAAUAAAAGUUUGCAAAGGUUAAAUCAAAUUCUCUGGAGGACUUCUGCACGAGGCUGGCGUUAAAGGGAGAAACCCGACAUUAGAUCAUACAUAGUGUCUCAAUAGACCAAGGCUGUUGACUUCAGGGUACAGCAGGUCUUACAUAUAAAAUAAUGGAUGCACUUACGAACCAUUUGCGCAUGAACAAUGCUCCUCUCCAACAUCACAGACUCUAUGACAGGAGGAGUUCCCCUUUCGGUGAACUUCAACAGUCCCGAGGAUUAUUUCAUCUUUAUUUUCCAGCUUUUAUUCGCUACAACUGCGGUUCUUGUGGCCGGAACAGUAGUCCUUACCAUACUGUCUACCAGAGCGCUUCGCCUCCAAAACAGAUUUAUUUUCAUGCUCAACACCAGUAUUUGUGAUACACUGGUUGGGUUUUCAGUCUAUUAUCUUGGUCUGUUUGAUGUUCAGGAAGGAUUUCCAUCUAGAAAUGGGACUUAUAAUAUGUUACCCUCUCUUCUAGGUGUUAACAUAAUGACAUUUUUAUUUGCACAGUUUGACCGAUACUUUGCUGUUUGUCAUCCAUUCAUCUACACGCGCUUUAUAACCCGGAGAGUGGUUAUCUCUGCAAAUGUCUAUUGUUGGUUUCAUGUCUAUUCUCGGUCCAUCGUUUCAAAUUUCUUGCCACUGUCCAAAUCAAUACAGCUCUAUGUUUUCGGCAUUGUCAGUUUACAAAUUAUUGUGUUCACCAAGGUGGUCAUGACCAUCAAACUGUAUGUUGUUGCCAGGUACCAGCUAGAGAGAGACCCUCCCAGCGCAGAGAGAGAAAACAACAAGGAGUCUUUGAGAAUUAUCAUUUUUGUUGUCAUAAGCUUCUUGGUGUUGUGGGGCCCCUCUUUUGUGAAUAUCGUCCUCAGGCUGCUGGUAGGAACGGGGUUGAGAUUUAGAAACGAGGCCACCAAUAUUUUUGCCAUCAUGGCUCGUUUAAACGCUGUGUGCACACCGGCGGUGUACUUGUGGGGGAGUCCGGCUCUGAGAGAAGCCACAGUGAGGGCAGUGUGGGGCAGAGUGUGUCCGAGGUGCAAGAGGAGAGUUGGCUCCACUUCUGUGAAGGGAAAAGGCAAAGAAAGGGCCCCGAUUCACUGAAACCGAGGACCCCGUCACUGAUUCUGUGAUAAGGGACUGCAUGACAAUGACCGGAAAGAAAUAUUUCUGUAAUUGAAAAAAAACCAAUCAUUGUAUUUGUCACAGUGUUUGCUAUUUGUUCAUGACAUUGAAGUGCAAUUUUCCCGUUCAUUUUCUGUAUGCUUCAUUUAGUCCUUUUUAAGUUUUCCAUUGUUGUUUUUUUUACGUUUAGGCUUCAGUAUACGAAACCUUUGGUCCCCUCCGGAGAUUGUUCCUACUUUAAAUAAUAAUUGGAAUUCAUAUCUCUUUUCUAAAUUCAACCCUAAUAUGGUAUUUUGUAAUAUUAUAGUGGAGAAGGUUGCAUGCAAUUUGGACGGCCCGCCUUUAUAAAGAAGCUAUUUGUAACAUUUGCUUUGUCUGUAGAUGUUUAACAGAGAGACUAUGUGACAUAUCAUGAACAUGAACAUGACCUAACCAAGAUGUUUUUUGUUCCUAAAGCUAACCGGACCUUUAUUUGUCAAACAGUUGAAUUGUUGAAUCUCAACUAAUAAGCAGUUAAACUCUGUAAACUAUCUGUGGGUGGACAUCUGAUUUAAUAUACUGUAGUAGUAGUAUUACUAUAACUAUUAUUAUUAUUAUUAUUAUUAUUAUUAUUAUUAAUAAAAUAUAUUUUAAUGAA